ACGUCACGCGCGAGUGACUCUACUUAUGUCCCUCAUUUUUAAGUAUUUUUUUAUGAUACUCUUCUCCUCUUUAAAACCCUAACACUGCAAUGCCAAUGGAGUGAGAAGACAGACGCCGCGGCCAUUGCUUCAAAGGCUUAAGGUCGUUUCUAAAUAGCGAGGAUGAGCGAAAGAGCUUAGAGGAGGAGCAUUUGCUUUUCUGCGCUUGCAAUGGCGGCUUCAUCUUUGCACUGUAUUCAAUCUCUAAGGUUUUCGUCAAGAAGCUGUGCCUUCUUUCCUCAUAUUGGUUUCAGAGGAGACGAUGACAAUAAGAGAAAGAACUCUCGUUUAAUUUUAGCUUCUGUAAAGAAAUCUGAUAAAGAUCUCUCUGUUGAAUCUAAGGUUGAAACAUUGUUAGACAGUGUAAAAUGGGAUGACAAAGGUUUGGCAGUGGCUAUUGCUCAAAAUAUUGACACAGGAGCCAUAUUAAUGCAAGGCUUUGUGAACAGGGAUGCACUAGCUACAACCAUUUCCUCUCGAAAGGCAACAUUUUACAGUCGGUCACGGUCAACAUUGUGGAUAAAGGGAGAAACCUCCAACAAUUUCAUCAAUGUCCAUGACAUCUUUCUUGAUUGUGAUCGUGACUCUAUAAUUUACCUUGGGAAGCCUGAUGGACCUACCUGCCACACUGGGUCAGAAACUUGCUAUUAUACAUCAGUUACUGAUUUUCUAGAAAAUAAACAGGUGGAGGGUAAUAGGUUGGCAUCAACCACUUUGUAUUCAUUAGAGUCAACAAUUUCCCAGCGUAAAGCAGAAUUAGUAGUGCCAGAAGAUGGAAAACCCUCUUGGACUAAGCGAUUACUACUCGAUCGCAACUUAUUGUGUUCAAAAAUCCGGGAAGAGGCAGAUGAAUUAUGCCGAACAAUAGAAGAAAAUGAGCAUAGUGCACGAACUGCUUCAGAGAUGGGAGAUGUGCUAUACCAUACCAUGGUUCUCUUGGCUCUUAAAGACGUAAAAAUAGAAGAUGUGCUAGAUGUCCUUCGACGUAGAUUUUCUCAAUCCGGUAUUGAGGAAAAGAAGAGUCGAGGGCAACAAAACUAGGCAUGAAACUGUAUAUCCUGCAAUGUAAUGUACUGAUAAAAAUAUUUACCCUGAAAAAACACCUGUUCAGCUUCUGCUGCAGAAUCUUGUUGUUUCAGAUAUUAUCUAUUAAUCAAAUCAAGUUCAAGUUUUUAAUUAUUAUUUUUUCAUUACAAAUCAAUAAUGGCAUUCAUACAUAGUAAGUUUCUAUUUGGACUGCGUUUACGCUGCAAGUAGCCUGUUAUCCUUUAUUUUUGGGCUAGCAGUAUAACACUGCCACAUUAUUAUGUAUCCUGACACUUGCAGGUACCAGAAUUGUUAAUGCACAGGCAAUAGAGGUGGCGACGGUGGUGGCGGCGGCGGCGGCGGUCUAACAGGUGAUCCAACACAUUUUUCCAUGCACGAGAAGUUAGCAACACCACACUUGAGGAUGCACUUGGCCAACUGCGGCAUUCCCGUUGGCGCACAACCGAGUGCACAUUUUAGAAUACUUUCCCCACAAGUCGACAGGCAUUUUGCAAGUGCUUUUUGUCCCUGAACCUGUUCUGCUCCUAUGCAUAUCAGCAGCAACAUUACAAGAAUGAAACGGUUCAUUGUGCCUUUUCAACUUCAAGAAGACAAAUCGCUCUUGGAGGGAUGCUUGGCUUUGAACUUUAGCAACACGG